GGUUACUCGAAAGCUGUGUGUUUAAACUGUGACUCAUAGCAUGUUGAAGACGUGUCCUACAUACACACUGUCCAGCUCACUGGAAGAUGCAUGUGCUGAUCCCCAAUUACAGCGUCUGUUAGAAACAACCUGGUCCGAAAGACAUGAUGCCGGUGUCGGCUUUCGCUACCAUCUUAACAUCGAACGUGAGCGAGUGGCUGACGGAAAGUUUGGUUUUCUCAUUUUGCUUAACCGGGAACGACUGACAGAACGUCGGCAGCCGCAUGCAUUUCUGCUGGAUGCACCCUUCGACGCAUCCCGGUUCAACUUUAACCGUGUAGAUCCAGCCGAGAUACAGCUGGAACUGUUCUGUCCAUUCCCGACAACGGUACUGAUCAACAACAGUCCGGUGACGGUGUACCAUUCGCUGGUGGUACCGAACCGACAGGGUUCCCAUUCGCAGCUACUCACACCGGAAGGGAUACGUGUGGCGUUCGAGCUAUUGCUACGCCUGCCGGACCGCCGCUACCGGAUCGGUUACAACAGUCCCGGUGCACAGGCCUCCGUCAAUCAUCUCCAUCUACAUCUGCUUCGCAUCGAUACGGAUCUCUACGUGCAGCGUACGGAGCUGAUAGCGGUACGUGGUAUGCCGCUGCUGUAUCGCUUACCGGACCAUGUUCCCGCCCAAGGUUAUUGUUUCGUACUGCGUGAUCCAGCCCGUGACCUUGAGCGUGUUUGUAGCGGAUUGCAGAAGCUGAUCGAUACACUGCUGGACCGUAAGAUGGCACAUAACCUUUUCUGGACCUGGGACCAUCUGCAGCACGGUGUAGAAAUACGUGCGUUUGUGUUUCCCCGGUCGAAGCAGUGCGUUAAUAAGGUCGCCUGUUCGUUCAAUGCCGCGUUUCUCGAACUGUGCGGGUUCGUGUCCGUCGGCGAGGUAAACGAUUUCGAACAGCUGACGGAGGCUACGAUUGUGCAGGCACUGCGGGAAGCACAGGGCGAUGUGUACGGUGCAUUAGGUGACCUAUUUCCGAUAGUUACUGCUGAUGAUUCUUAACCGAAUUGUCCUGUUGUUUAGGAACUACUUAGUGACAGGUAUAUGCACGUAUAUAAGAAAAACAGAUUGUGAUGGCACUAGUGAUGGGAACUCCGACUCCGACGUAUAAACACCGGAUUCAACACCAAGAUAAAUUCGGAGCUUAUUCUGGAGUUUACUCCGAAUUACUCUGGAGUUGAUACCGGAUUACUUCGAAGCUGACUCUGGAGUUGAACUCUGGAGUUAACUCUGGAGAGUUAAUUCCGGAGUAAUCUCCGAUUUUAAAUUCGGAUUCAACUCCGGGAAAAAUCCGGAGCUUAUUCUGGAGUAAUCCGGAGUUGAUAUCGAAUUACUCCGAAGUUGUCGCCGGAGCUGAAUCCUGAGUUAACUACGGAGUAAUCUCCGAUUUUAACUUCGGAUUCAACUUAGGUCACUGGGCGGGCGCACUCCCCCCACCCCCCAUUCCCGUUACAGCACCCCCUCCCCGUCGUUAAUAAUGCCAGAGUCACUCUGGAGUUACUUCGGAGUUAACUCCGGAAUGAUCCAACUCCGGGUGAAAUUGAGUAUUUCUCCAUCAUUAGAAGGCACUUGGGAAGAAAAUUCCUAGAAUAAGACUACGGUACCUGUGUAACAGGUGUAAGAAAAGAAGGCAAAAAUUGUAACAGCCUGUCACCAGCACACGCGUUCUGAUACUAAAUUGAGUUCCUGCUAUUUUUACUAGAACUGAAGCUAGAAGAUUAAGGUUCGAACUGAAGGUACUCCUAAAUAAAACUUACUCAUCCUAGAAAUGGAAGGAUAGGGUAAGAAUUUUACUCACCACCAACAAUAAAGUAGGAGUAACAAACUAGA